AUGGCUGUUACCAUAGAGCGCCAGCAGUCUGGCCGUGGCCCUCCUAAAGUGGAGAAGUUCUCGGAUGCCUCAGUCGCCAUACUUGUGGCUGAGAAGGUCUCCUCUGCCCGCAUCGAAUAUGGUCCAGUCCUCCAUCGUCUCAUUCGCCUCCUUAAGCCCGACUAUACAGCAGUAACGUCCUCCACAGGGCUCGCAGCCUCCCAUCUGGGCGGCCAGACCAUACACAGUUUUGCCGGUAUUGGUUCCGGCGCGCGAGAUGCACCCGCCCUGGCUCAGAAGAUCAAGCGGUCACCUGAGCUUCUCGGUCGUUGGAAACGGGUGAAGACUCUUAUCAUUGACGAGAUUUCCAUGCUCGAGGGGAGACUCUUCGACAAACUGGAGCAAAUCGCUCGGCUGGUACGCCAAGACAAUCGGCCCUUCGGAGGGAUACAGCUGGUGCUCACUGGAGACUUCCUGCAGUUACCUCCUGUCAGUCAGACCAUGCCCAAUGGGAAAAAGGAGGAACCCUCAUUCUGUUUUGAAGCCGCCUCCUGGAGGAAGUGCAUUCAUAAGACGAUGCUUUUGAGGGAGGUCAAGAGACAGGAGGGAGAUGCAACAUUCACGACGAUGCUGAAUCAGAUCCGUCGAGGUAUAUGUUCCCAAGAGACCCAAGAUAUCCUCUCCCUGGUUGCACAACGGAGGCACAAAGUGCUCACAGGGGGCGUGGUGGCAUCACAGCUACUGCCGACGAGGAGAGAAGUGGAUGCAAUCAAUGAGCGAGAGUUGGCACGAUUAUCCACACCGCCGAUUACCUUUACAGCUAUGGACACAGUUUAUGACUCUACCAGUCUGAACUUGGACGUCAUGUGUUCAGCCCGUGCCAAGGUGGUGCUUAAAGUCGGAGCUCAAGUUAUGUUGACAAAGACCCUCUCCCCUCAGAAGCGGCUUGUGAACGGAAGUCGUGGCAUCAUCGUUCGGUUCUCCGCUACCCCGUGUGGGAUAACGUUCAGCUUGGUCCUCCGGUUUCAGAUAACUAUCCCAUUAGAUGAGUGGGUCUUUUAUAACACAGCCUCUACUGGUGGACGAGCAGUCGAGCUUGGGCGGCGACGACAAAUCCCUCUGCAGCUUGCCUGGGCUAUAAGUAUCCACAAGAGUCAAGGUAUGACCUUGGACUGCGCCGUCAUCAAGCUCGAUACCAUUUUCGAAUACGGUCAGGCCUACGUGGCGCUCUCUCGGUGCAGGUCCUUGGAGUCGGUCAGUAUCACUUCCGCUAGUCGCAAUUUCAAAAUGGCCAUCCGAGCUAAUCCGAAAUGCCUGAAGUUUUAUGAAGAGUUGGAUGAUGCAGAUUUAAUUCAUACCAAGACUCAUGAGUAA